CCUGUUCCUCUAUGCAGCGGCGUGCUGUCUUCACCGGCUUCUGUAGUCAGCAGUCAUCUCCUGUACUGUCCGCAGUCUCUGGUCAUCCCUGUACUGUCCGCAGUCUCUGGUCAUCCCUGUACUGUCCGCAGUCUCUGGUCAUCCCUGCACUGUCCGCAGUCUCUGGUCAUCCCUGUACUGUCCGCAGUCUCUGGUCAUCCCUGCACUGUCCGCAGUCUCUGGUCAUCCCUGUACUAUGUCCGCAGUCUCUGGUCAUCCCUGCACUGUCCGCAGUCUCUGGUCAUCCCUGUGCUGUCCGCAGUCUCUGGUCAUCUCCUGUACUGUGUCUGCAGUCUCUGGUCAUCUCCUGUACUGUGUCCGCAGUCUCUGGUCAUCCCUGUACUGUCCGCAGUCUCUGGUCAUCCCUGUACUGUCCGCAGUCUCUGGUCAUCCCU